GGCUGCUGGGCUUCUCCUCCUGCGUCAGCUGCAGCUUCCUGCGCACGGAGGAGAAGGAGGUGCAGGUGGGUCAGGCGCAGGUGCAGGAGACGGAGACGAUGCUUGGCACCUGGCGAUCCACCCAGCGCAGCAAGACCAAGGUGCAAGAGCACUUCUGGAACUGGACGUCCCAAUGGCGUCUCUUCCUGGUGAACAGCACGCUCGCUUCAGGGCACAAAGGCUCUCAGCUGAAGAGUCUGGGGGACGUCACAGAGGCCCCAACUGCCAGCGGCUGCCAAGACGCAGAGCUGGACAUCUCCUGGCUGCUGAGGCUGCGGCACCGCGGCGCGGCGUUUCUGGUGAACCGAUCCAGGCAGAGCUGCCGCACCCCGCGCCGCAACGAGGAGGUCCAGGAGGCUGUGUCAUUCUUUCAGCGACUCACCGUCUUCGCGCGGAGAGCGGUGGAGCUGCUGCGGCCAGGCGAUGGCUCCAGCGACUGGGCUGCGGAGCUGGAGGAUGCGCGCAAAGCGUCAGUGCAGAUGUUCAAGCCGAUCCUGGCUCUCUUUGCUCUUGAGAACAAUGCCUCCGGACGGCCAGUGCUUUCGGCGGAUGUGGACACUGUACUGGACGCUUAUCAGAAGAGUUUGGAUGACAAGCUUCACACCAUCGAGAGGAGCGAAUCCGGCGGAUUGGCGCGGCUGGUGCUGCUGCUGACGGAAAUGGAGAGCCUGUCAUUACAGAUGAUGUCCGCUGUGGAUGCCUUGGAAGGGAUGCUGUACCAGCAGCUCACCAGCGCGCUCGGGAAGUCCAUCCACAGCUCGGACUUCGGCGAGUACAUGGACUUCCACGGGCGGAUGAUCCUAGGCGACACCUAUGCGCCAGCGCCCUUUGUUUAUGCGGUGAGGCGGCACCAGCAUCAUCCAGAGGGCACUUUGUCCAUCGAGGCAAAAGUGGGCGCCGCUUCCGAAGCGCCUCUGCGCAGCUUCGCGCUGCACCUGCCGGAGGGGCGGCCCAUGCGUGUGGAGCUGAGCUCUGCCACCUCGGUAACGUUGACCGGGGAGCACUAUCUCCACGCCGCCAUUUUCCACCGCUUCGCGAAAGAACGGCCCCAGGAGAGCUGCGGCUCCACGCGCGGGCGCGGCAGCUCAGCAGCUUCGUGCUGA